AAACAGCCUAUAUCCAAAGCAUUAUUCGUUUCUUUGUAAUACGCAAAGUAGAAAUCGGCCUAUAUCCGUUCCCGCCAAUUUCAGUGGGCAAAAUGCGUAAAUCCCAGAACGUGUAAUAACGCUUACGGUGAACACGUGCAUCUGCGAAUUUACAGCUUGGUGCAAGUGAUAGUGGAAUCUAUAUUUCCAUAAAGGGCUUUUGAAAGAUUAUGGCGAGACGAAUUGACAGAAUCUUCGAUGCGUUGAAGUCUACUACCAGCUAUGAACCAGUAAAUGAAAAAAAUAAUAACUACGACCUAUCGAAGGCUAUUCAGGAUGCUGAAAUAAUAUUUUCAGACGCUGCUGGCGAAGACUACAGUGCUGUUGGAAAUGUGGAUUCAGUAGAAGCGCAAAGUGCUAGCGAGUGCAAUAGUGAAUUUGUAGACGCACAAAUUAGCGAUUUUGUAGUUGAUGGAGAAGUCAGAAUGAUGAUGGAAGACGCAAGUGAUGAAGCUGUGGCUCCAAUUCAGUUGAGUAUUGUUGAAAUUGGCCAACGUGAUUCCAUUUUCGAUGAAAUACCUUUCUGUUCAGGAGUACAAUCCACUAUUAUUGAAAAUCUAACUGUAGAAGAUUGUGAGAGCUCCGACUUAGAUGAGUCUGAUCAUACGCCUUGUACUAAACUAUCGGAUAAGAUAUUAGAAGACGAAGGACCCCGUCGGAAGCGUUCAACAAAGAAUUUUGGCAAUACACUUGGGCAGAAAAGAGGGUUUUCAAACAGAUUCUUUUUGGGCAAGGACAGACUAAGGGUUUGUAGAACGAUGUUUCUUAAUACGUUAGGAGUAAAAGAGUGGGUUAUAAAAAAAUGGGCCAAAAGUAACUUGGAAAAUGGUUAUAGAAAGGAUGAAGAUAAUGUACAGCCGAAUAAAAUACGUGACAGUACUACUGCACCUACUCGUUCGCUGCAUGACUUUUUCGACUGUCUACCGAAGCUGGAAUCGCACUAUUGCAGGGCUUCCACAUCCAAGCUCUAUUUAGAGCCAACUUGGAAUUCUAAGGCUCACUUAUAUAAAAUUUACAAAAGCGACUACUGUACUACACAUAACGUUGAACCUGUAUCGAUUGCAACAUUCCAUAAAGAAUUCGACAAAAAACGACUAUCACUCUAUAAACCAAAAAAAGAUCUAUGUGACACUUGUGUUGCUUUUGAGACGGGCAAUUUAACAGAAGAUAAGUACAAUGAACACAUUGCAUUCAAAAAUGCAGCAAGAACUGCAAAGACCGUAGAUAAAGAGUCUCCAAACGAAGUUUUUACAAUGGACCUUCAAUCCGUUUUGCUAUCCCCAAAAUCAAACACACCCGGAAGAUCUGCUGGUGCACCAUUGGUAAACGAUAUUAGAGCAUUGAGAUACUCUCAUGAGGGAGUGUUUUUCAAACUCAAUCACUCUGAUCAAAAAUGGCAAAUUCUUCCAGUCAGGCUAAACACAAAGACUAACAACGCCACCAAUGAUGCAAACGACUUACCCAAACUCUAUAGAAAUAGGAUAAAAAUUAAGGCAGAAAAGUAUAAACACCUUCAAAGUCUAAAGGCAACCAUGGAAUUCGAUUAUCAUGCCUUCUACAUAUAUGAUAAUUUACCCCAUGAUUGAAUAAAUCGUAGAUAAGCACAAUCCGAUUUUGUUUUACUUUUAUGAAUACAUGUGUUUUCUUCCUUAAGCCGCUCUAUUAAGCACAAUCUGAAUUAUGUUUAUAUUUUUAUGAAUAAAAAUUGUAUUUUUCCUGAGUAGCUUCAUUUGUUACUGUUCAAAUAUCCCAUAUGAGGAACCCCUAUCUCCAGGUUUUUGGCUGAAUAUAAAAAAGAAAACUGCCUAUCUCCUUUUUUUUAUCAUAGUAAAUGAUCUAUGCUAAAAUAUUGUCCAAGCAUAUAGUUUUUAGCUGCUACAAGACACUUUCUGAUCGUUUAACACAGUCAUUCUUGUGAAAAAUACUACAGUUCAAUCUGAUGACGUUUUUUGUGUCUCCUGUAAAAUUUAUAGAAACGGAGAUACGCAUUUUGCCGAUUAAGCCGACGA